AUGGGAAAUCCAAAGAAGAAUCAUAUGCUGGCUGCCAAACGCAUAUUAAGAUACAUUAAAGGGACUACUAACUAUGGAAUUCUGUUUCCAUAUGGUUUGCGAGAGGAUGAACUGAAGUUUAUUGGCUAUGCUGAUUCUGACUAUGGUGGAGAUCAUGUUGAGAGGAAAAACACAUCAGGGAACAUAUUUUUUCUCAAUAAAGCACCUAUUUCGUGGAGUUCAAAGAAGCAAUUUGUUGUUGCUUUAUCAAGCUGUGAAGCAGAGUACAUAGCUGGAUGUUAUGCAGCGUGUCAAGGAAUUUGGUUAAGUGAGUUGUUAAAAGAGUUAAAAAUACUCAAGGAGAAUUCUAUGCAGGUGAGAAUGGAUAACACGUCUGCCAUAAACUUGGCAAGGAAUCCCGUGAGCCACGGAAGGAGCAAACAUAUUGAGGUAAAAUACCAUUUUUUGAGGGACAUGGUUAAUAAAGGCAGAGUUGAACUGGCUUAUUGUAAGACUGAUUUACAACUAGUAGACCUUUUCACAUAA